AUGGCUUCAUCAAACCCGACGUCUCCAACCCUUCCUGCUCUGUCGCCAUUGUCGCCGCACUCGUCUAGAGCUGUUGAGAAGCUCCCGCUCGAGCCGCUCCCCACGCUGGUAACUACGUUCUCUGCUAUGACCCCUACCCAACCAUCGAUGACCAGCCCCAGUCCUUGGUCAAAUACGAAUGGCACAAUUUGUCGACGAAACAGCCUCGCAUCACCGAUGAUGUCUCCAGCCCAAGCCGCUUUUGCGCCAAUAUCUCCCGCACAAGUUCGAGAUCAGAUUCGCACCCCUGAAAGAGCACAUUUUCAAUUCACCCAUACGCCGAUGACACCCAGCUUCCCUCGCGAAGAUGGCCGGCAGAGCCGCAUGGCCAUGCGCAGCCCAGCGUACGAGAAGGUCUUGACUCUGCCCCUGCGUGUCAAUACAAUAUUUAGCGGUGAGACCAUUCAGGAAGAGGAUCAGUCAGAAUGUGUAUCUAUCCCGUUGUCUGACUCAACGACGCCCUUGGACUGGGCACCAGCAAUUGCAACCACAUCGGCGUCCCCCACAGCCAACGGUAGACGUCUCGUGCGCUCUCACACCCCUGCCCCUAUUUUAACUCAAACUCGAUCUCCCAUUCGCAAACAAUCGCACAAAAACAGCCGCCUCCCGGCAAAGCCACGCCUUCCUCCGCCGCCGAAAUAUCACGUCAAGGUCAUCCCCACUCUCUCGCCUACAACCCAGCGAAACAGACAGCAUUACCUGUCCAGCGUAGAGCACCUGCGUGCCCCCUUAGUUCCCCUGAUCUCCGUGACAACAGGCCUCCCGCACCCGGAAUUCCCCACCAGUCUACUGCAGUAUCACUUACUUACCCACGAGCAAUUAGACUCUUUGGCGCGAUGGUAUCACCAAGUAACGCCGCCCGUGGAGGAGACGUUCCAGUAUCCCGCCUGGAUUCCUGCUUGGACGAGUCUGUAUCGGCCGCGAUCGCAGACCUCGAACACCGACGGCGAGAUGACGGUGGACCUCGAGACGAAGAAAAGGAGGUGGGGACGAUUUAUCGGCCUACGAGGAUGCGAGAGUCCUACGGACGAGGCAGGAAACGUUAUGAACGGAAACGAUUGUCAAGAAGAAAGCAGUAGGGAGAGUUCUGAAGAGCUAGCCCGGCGCAUGGAACGGGAGUGGAGGCGGGCGCUUGAGCGGGCAGAGGAAGAGGCCCGCGCCUACGAGAAGAGCUGGAGGGGCCGGUGGUGA